GGUUUUCCUGAACUGGUGUGAGGUGUGUCAAAAUCGGGGAAACGUCUACAUGCAGGACAGUGUGCCUUGAGGACCAGGGUUGGUGAACAACACGGACAGAAGACACUUUCAUGAAGCCAAAUUAUUGCGCCACACUGGAGCUUUAAUGAGCAGGCUGAGAGAGCGAGCGCAACACACAGAUCUCCCGUCAGCCAAAGAAGAGCGCACAACUCUCAACGGCAUAGGAGGCGACCAGACGAGCUGCUGAUCUGCAGUCAGCUUAGAGGCAACUGAAGAAGCCAAAUAUCCUCCCUGUGCGAGGAAGCGUAGGAAGGGGUCGUGAAGAGACUUCGGAGGCAAAUCAGCUGAGAGAGAGAGAGGAGGGGCCGGGGGGGGAAAGAGAGAAGACUACUCCGGUGUGGAAAGCUGACCUUCGGUGCACUCCAAAGAAGAAGAGGAAGAAGGAUCGGCCAUGGAGGAGACGCUCACCUGCAGCCGAAGCCCUUUCUCUCAGGUGUUUGGGCGCCAGGGUCAGCUGAUGCAAGCCACUGUGCAGUCGCUGAACAGUCUGAAUGACCAGAUUGCAAGCUUUAUGGUGACCAGGCCCAAAUCCCUGGAACAGGAGGAGCAGGCCUACUCUCCUCCGGAGAAGGAGACGCUGCAGAAGUCCAUGAACCUGAUGAGGCACCUUCUCGUCGAUGCUCAGGUACAAAUUUAA